AUGGCGCCCCCAGCCACUGCGACUGCGCAUAUGGCAACAACAACACUCAAAGUCGAGGGAAUGACAUGCGGCGCAUGCACCUCGGCAAUCGAAUCAGGCUUCCAAGGCGUAAAAGGAAUUGGAAAUGUGUCCGUGAGCUUGGUUAUGGAGCGGGCGGUGGUACAGCACGACCCCGAGAUUGUCACGGCGGACGAGGUCAAGGAAAUCAUCGAAGACAGAGGAUUCGACGCCGAAGUACUAUCAUCAGAUCUGCCCAUGUCGCAUAGCGCCGACGACCAUUUCCUGAGCGACUCCGAGGACGAAGAGGAUCUCACAAACAACAGCAUCCCCACCACCACCACGACGCUUUCAGUGGGUGGUAUGACAUGUGGAGCGUGCACAUCCGCCGUCGAAGGUGCAUUCAAAGACGUGGCCGGCAUCAAGUCUUUCAGUAUAUCACUCCUUUCCGAACGCGCUGUGAUUGAACACGACCCCGCAGUCAUUUCCGCAGAGAAGCUGGCUGAGACAAUAGAAGACGUUGGUUUCGAUGCGGAGGUGCUGAGCACCGAAGCCGCAACACCAGCGCCCAAGAAGAGCAAGAGCAGGAACCAGCACAAGACCAUGACCACCACCGUUGCUGUUGAAGGCAUGACAUGCGGCGCAUGCACAUCGGCUAUAGAGGCCGGGUUCAAGGAUGUUGAGGGGGUUUACCAGUUCAACAUCAGCUUACUCGCUAAUCGUGCUGUGCUCGUGCACGACCCUUCCAAGCUUACAGAAGCCCAGAUUGUAGAAAUCAUUGAGGACCGGGGAUUCGAUGCUGAAGUCUUGUCGUCAGUGGACAGUAGCGUGCAGCAGUCUUCGUCCAGCAAUGCUCCCUUGCAGCUCAAGAUUUAUGGAUUACCUGACGUCGAAGCUGCCCAGGAACUCGAAGGGAUACUAAAGAAGCGAUCCGGCAUCACAUCUGCAACAGUCAACUUCAGGACUUCAAGAGCCACUAUUCGUCGGGAACCCCAGAUCGUCGGCAUCCGAACCAUUGUUGAGGCUGUGGAAGCGGCAGGCUAUAAUGCGCUAGUCGCUGACUCUGAAGACAACAACGCACAGCUCGAGUCUCUUGCCAAGACAAAAGAGAUUCAGGAGUGGAGACAUGCCGUUAUCUUCUCUGCUUGGUUCGCCGUGCCCGUUUUUCUGAUCAGCAUGUUCAUCCCCAUGUUCUUGCCAUUUUUGAACUUUGGUGGUAUUCGGCUUAUUCCUGGUCUGUACCUUGGCGACGUCAUAUGCCUUGUCCUCACCAUACCGGUGCAGUUUGGCAUUGGAAAGCGCUUUUACGUCUCUGCGUACAAGUCGCUGAGCCAUGGUUCACCUACCAUGGACGUUCUGGUCGUACUCGGUACUUCGGCUGCCUUUUUCUUCAGUGUAUUUUCCAUGUUGGUAUCACUUCUAAUCCCCCCUCACACCAAGCCAACGACACUUUUCGACACCAGCACUAUGCUGUUCACCUUCAUCAGCUUGGGCCGCUAUCUCGAGAACAGCGCCAAGGGCCAAACCUCCAAAGCUUUGUCCAAUCUCAUGUCGCUGGCUCCUUCGAUGACCACCAUCUAUGCCGAUCCCAUCGCUGCUGCAAAGGCUGCCGAGGACUGGGAAGCCGGCGAAGAAAAGCUGCAACGCAAGUCCGUCGAUGGAAAUGCUGCCGAAGAGAGAGUCAUUCCUACAGAGCUUAUUGAAGUUGGUGAUGUGGUCAUCCUUCGUCCUGGCGACAAACUUCCUGCCGAUGGCACUGUGACGCGCGGAGAGUCCUAUCUCAACGAAAGUAUGGUCACUGGAGAAGCCAUGCCGAUCCUCAAGAAGAAAGGCGCCCUGGUCAUGGCUGGUACCGUCAAUGGCAACGGCCGUCUGGAGUUUGUCGUCACUCGAGCUGGCCGUGAUACCCAGCUCAGCCAGAUUGUCCGUCUCGUCCAGGAAGCUCAAACAAGCCGUGCUCCCAUUCAGAGGCUCGCGGAUACUGUUGCCGGAUAUUUCGUUCCAAUCAUCAUCACUCUGGGCCUCGCCACGUUUGUUGGAUGGAUGGUCCUUAGCCAUGUCCUUCCUUACCCUCCAAAGGUUUUCCUUGAUCACUCCAGUGGUGGAAAGUUCAUGGUGUGCUUCAAGCUUUGUAUCGCUGUUAUUGUUUUUGCGUGCCCAUGCGCCCUUGGCCUUGCCACACCUACAGCUGUUAUGGUUGGCACUGGUGUUGGCGCUGAGCAGGGUAUUCUUGUCAAAGGUGGUGCUGCUCUGGAAACCGCAACUAAAAUCAACCAUGUUGUCUUUGACAAGACUGGCACGCUUACCGUUGGUCAGAUGAGCGUAUCCAAGGCCGACAUCCAAGGCGGAUGGGGAAGUGCUGAAAAGAAGAACCUGUGGUGGACACUGAUUGGACUCGCUGAGAUGGGCUCUGAACAUCCGAUUGCCAAGGCUAUUGUUCUUUCUGCAAAGGAGCAUCUUCGUCUAGGGCCAGACGAUAGCCUGGAUGGUUCCGUGGGUGACUUUGAAGCCGUCGUUGGCAAGGGUAUCACUGCGACAGUCGAAGCAGCUCUCUCCCGCGAGCGCACGCGAUACAAGGUCCUCAUUGGCAACACUGCUUUUCUUACCUCCGAAGGAGUCAACGUUCCCGACUUUGUAGACGAGCCACUGACACCUGCUACUGCUGCCAAUCCCCGAAACGGCCCUCAAACUCACUCGGCUGGUAUCACGACGAUUCACACCGCUAUCGGCAACACCUACACUGGUACCUUGAGCUUGUCCGACACGAUCAAACCCUCUGCUCGCGCCUGUGUGCUCGCACUGACCCGUUUGGGUAUCAAGUCCUCGAUUGUGACUGGUGACACUUCGGCCUCGGCGCUAGUAGUCGCAGCAGCAGUCGGUAUCGACCCUGCUGACGUCCAUGCUUCAUGCGCACCCGCCGACAAGAAAGCGAUCGUAGAAGAUCUCCAAUCGCGUGGAGGCGUGAUUGGCAUGGUCGGCGACGGCAUCAACGAUUCUCCGGCUCUCGCGUCUGCGGACAUUGGCAUUGCUCUCUCAACUGGUACAGACGUUGCCAUGGAGGCGGCCUCGAUUGUUCUCAUGACUAACACUGACCUACUGGCUAUUCCUGCUUCCCUCGUCCUCAGUCGCGCCAUCUUCUUCCGCAUCAAACUUAACCUUGCGUGGGCCUGCAUGUACAAUUUCACCGGACUUCCCUUUGCUAUGGGCUUUUUCCUCCCCUGGGGUCUGUCAAUACAUCCUAUGGCUGCGGGCGCAGCAAUGGCAUGCUCGUCGGUUAGUGUUGUUGUCAGUUCUCUGCACCUCAAGUUCUGGCGUAGACCCAGCUGGAUGAAGUUGAGCCUAUUGGAUCCUAAUGCCCCGAUUGACGAGAAGAACUUGGAGAUGGAGAAAGUUGGCCAGCAGGGAGUAUUCAGUUUCGUAAGAGACUGGAUCAGUGAGGCAUGGGCGGCUAGGAGACGAAACAAGGAGGAGGCCAGCUACAUGCCCUUGAGAGACAUGGGCGAGCAUUGA